AGUAGAAGAGAAGAAGAAACCCAAGUGUUAGGGUUUACCUUUACCCACACUCACUCUCACUCUCACUCUCACUCUCACCCACCCGUUUCUUUACAUUUUCAUCACUCAGUAAAAAUUGAUACUAAAAUAGAAACGAAACAAAACAAAGCAAAAGCUCCCACUCCUGCAUUUGAAAUUUUAUUUUGAUUCAAAAAUGGCGUUUGCGAGGGAACAAGAAGACAACAACAACAACAACAACAACAUCACAUCCACGACGGCGAUUAACAAGCCUCCUAUCCUUCGUGUCUAUUCAAGAAAGAGACGCAGAACAAACGUGGCGGUGGCGGAUGAAUUAGCAAAGAACGAAGAACAACAACAACAACAAACCAAUGGUAAACGUAACCGGAAAACCGAUGAAGCUGCUUCUUCUUCUUCCGUUGUUGUUGUUCGAAAGAGUCACCGUAUAAGAAGAACAACAACUAAAGCUCCCGUCUUAACAGACAAGAAGAAGAAUCUUGGUAGUGGUGGUGGUGAUGAUGGUGCUGAGAAAACCAACUCAAUUUCUCGAAAGAAACCCGGAAAAGGAAAACAGACUCCUCACACUAAGUGGAUUGAAGAGGAGUCCUUAAUGUGUCAUCAAUGUCAAAGAAAUGACAGUGGCAGGGUUGUCAGAUGCACCAAAUGCAAACGGAAAAGAUAUUGUUUAUCCUGUAUAAAAAAAUGGUAUCCCCUCUUGAAAGAGGAACAAAUUGCUGAUGCCUGUCCUGUCUGCUGUGGUAACUGCAAUUGCAAAGCUUGUUUGAAGUCACGGAAACUUAUCGAUUCAAUUAAAGGAAAGAAGGAGGAAACCAAUGAUCAUCAUCAGGCCGAGUUCUCCAAGUAUAUGCUCAAAGCUCUUCUUCCACAUUUAAUACGAUUGGAUCAAGAACAAAUGGCCGAGAAGGAGAUAGAAGCCAAGUUACAAGGUCUCUCACUCUCUGAGCUAAAAAUUAAAAAAGCAAAUCCCCAUAAUGAUGAGCGCAUGUACUGCGACAACUGCAAAACAUCAAUAUUUGAUUACCACAGAAGCUGCACAGAAUGUUCCUUUGACCUUUGUCUCCUCUGUUGCUGUGAGCUUCGUUGUGGGCAGCUUCUAGGUGGGGCAGAACCAUUUGAUUUUGAGUUUGUCUUCCGAGGUCCAAAUUAUCUACAUGGUGAAGUUGCAAAGAAAGUAACCAGAUACAGAGCACUUGAUGCUGGUGCCCAGCCUGAGAUUCGUACAUGGUCAAAAUCUGGGUGGCAUGCAGAUAGUGAUGGCAAUAUUCCCUGUCCAAAACCUGAGAUUAAAUGUGAUCACGGUUACCUUGAACUGAAAAGCGUAUUUUCGCCAGAUUGUAUCUCUAAGUUAGUAUGUAAAGCAAAAGAACUUGCAGAUUCAAUGAAACUUCAAGAUGCAGAGGUGACUCUUGAUAAUAGCUGCUUUUGUUUGAAGCCUGUUAGGAACAGAGAUAAUAAACACAAUAACGCAAGGGAAGCAGGUCUUUGCAAAGAAUCCAGGGGCAACUUUUUGUACUGUCCUAGGGCCGUAGACCUUCAACAUGAUGAUUUAGGACAUUUUCAAUGGCACUGGAGCAAAGGGGAGCCUGUAAUUGUCAGCAAUGUACUUGAAUGUACAUCUGGUUUAAGUUGGGAGCCGUUUGUCAUGUGGCGUGCAUUUCGUCAGAUAAACAAAAACAAGAACAAGUCACUUUUGGAUGUUAAGGCACUUGAUUGCUUAGAUUGGUGCGAGAUAGAUAUUAAUGUGCACCAAUUCUUUACUGGGUACACAAAUUGUCCCAAGGAUAAACAUGAUUGGCCUCAAGUAUUGAAAUUGAAAGAUUGGCCUCCUUCUAAACUAUUUGAAGAAAGUUUACCGCGUCAUUGUGCGGAGUUCAUAUCUUCCUUGCCAUUUAAAGAAUAUACAAAUCCUUUCAAAGGUGCUCUCAACCUUGCUGUGAAGCUGCCUGAUGAAGUUCUAAAGCCAGACAUGGGACCAAAAACAUAUAUUGCUUAUGGAUUUGCUCAGGAGCUUGGACGGGGUGAUUCAGUGACUAGGCUCCAUUGUGAUAUGUCUGAUGCAGUAAAUGUGUUGACUCAUAUUGCUGAAUCAAAACUGGAUCGUGUGAGUAGUGACGCAAUUAAGAAAUUGAAACAAAAGCACCUUGAGCAAGACAAGAGGGAGCUACAUGGUGAUAUUCAGGAUGGAGAGACCAAUGUUGAAAAUAGUUUGUUGGUCGGUGGGGGUCCCUUAGAUGGUGCUCUUUGGGAUAUUUUUCGGAGAGAGGAUGUACCUGCAUUGCAGGAAUAUCUGAAGAAGCAUUUCAGAGAGUUCAGGCAUGUCCAUUGCUCUCCUUUAGAGGAGGUUAUUCACCCCAUCCAUGAUCAGACCUUUUAUCUAACCAUUGGGCAUAAGAAAAAGCUUAAGGAGGAGUACGGAAUUGAGCCUUGGACUUUUGUUCAGAAGCUUGGAGAUGCUGUUUUCAUUCCAGCUGGCUGCCCCCACCAAGUCCGAAAUCUGAAGUCAUGCACCAAGGUUGCACUUGAUUUUGUCUCUCCUGAAAAUGUUGGUGAGUGCUUCCGUUUGACAGAGGAAUUCCGCAAACUUCCAGUAAAUCACAGGUCCAUAGAGGACAAAUUGGAGGUGAAGAAAAUGAUCGUAUAUACUAUGAUCGAUGUGGUCAAAAAGUUGGAGAAAGCAAGUAGCCAAUGAAUGUUUAACCUCUUUUGUAGACUAAUCAGCCACAUCUUUUGUACUAAUUCAAUUAGUGGCUGCAUUUAUUUUCAUUUUCUGAGAGUUUUAGAAUCAAAGCCAUCUUGUAAUUAGCCCAUAUAAAAAGAGCACAAAAAUGAUAUGAAAGACAGAUGAAGUAAGUUUUAAAAAAUCACUGAAUUUUGGAGCUUUGCUUCUUUUUUGUUCUAAAUUGAACCAUGCGUUGAUCUUAUAAAAAAACCAUGCGUUGAGAA